AUGUCUUCCCAAGUUCAGGAGGAAGUAUCUGAGCAGAAGGUUCCUCGCAUCACGUACGCCAAUGAUGUCGAGAAUCGCCCUCGUACUAUGAGAGUGUCUAGUCGUAUGUCGACGGACUCGAUGUCGAUACAUUCGCUGUCGCGUCAGCGAUCUGUUGACCCUUCCUUGGUCUUACCGCCACAGUUCAGGACUUUGUCCUUCGAUGUCGAGCAGAGUAAAGCAAGAAAUGAUGCGCCGGCGAAGGGUGCGCUAGAUGGAACAGCAAAGAGCUCGAGCGACUUCAGUAGCUACGACUUGCACACGAUCCCCAUUGAAGAAGUCUUCGAACGUUUCUCGUCCUCGCCGACCACUGGCCUAGGCGUGGAUCAGGCCAUGGUCCUGCUAAGGAAUAUCGGCCUCAACAAGCUCACUGCACCACCAUCCAACUGGCUGAAGAAGACCAUCGCCUACCUCUUCGGAGGCUUCGGCUCUAUCUUAUUCGUUGCAGCUAUAAUGGUGUUUGUUGCAUGGAAGCCUCUCGGUGAUCCACCAGCACUUGCAAACUUAGCGCUUGCUAUCGUCCUGGUCCUCGUUUGGCUCAUCCAAGCAGCGUUUAGCUUUUGGCAAGACUUCUCGAGUGGUCGUGUCAUGGCUUCGAUAAAUACCAUGCUCCCCGAUCAAGCAAUGGUACUAAGAGAAGGAAACUGGUCAAGUGUCGAGGGUACUAAGCUCGUGCCCGGCGAUGUCAUAAAGAUCGCCAUGGGCAACAAGGUACCUGCAGAUGUCAGAUUCUUCGAUGUUUCUUCAGACGCUCGUCUUGACCGAUCCAUCUUGACUGGCGAGGUUAAACCUCUAGUUGCGACUAUCAAGUCUACUGACACAAACUUCCUCGAGACUGCCAACAUCGGUCUUGCUGGAACCAACUGCACCACGGGCACCUUGCACGGAGUUGUCAUCAGCACAGGUGAUCACACUGUCUUCGGAAAGACUGCAAGGCUCACUAGUCACUCCAAGGAGAAGAUGUCCCCUUUGCAAAGAGAGAUUUUCAUCUUUGUCGGCAUCAUCACCGCUUUGAUGGUUUCGAUGAUCCUUCUUGUUAUCAUCGUCUGGGCCGCCUGGCUGCGCAAAGACUAUCCAGAUUGGAUAAAUGUUCCCACCCUGAUCGUCGAUUGCGUCUCGAUUGCGGUUGCUUUCAUCCCUGAAGGUCUACCUAUCGCUGUUACAGCCAGUCUCACGAUCACAGCUGGUAUCAUGAAGAAGAACAAGAUCCUGGCAAAAUCGUUGAAGACAGUUGAGACGCUUGGUGCUGUUAACGUCAUCUGCUCAGACAAGACGGGCACGAUAACUAAGAAUUUGAUGUCUGUCUCAGAUUUCUGUAUCGGUUAUCAUCCUCACCCAGCAUCCAAGGCAGUCGAGAUGGCCGAUCAGACGCCGACCGUGGCUCGCUUGGCAAUGGUGAGUGGUGUCUGCAAUGCUGGCGAAUUCGAUGCUAGUACCAGAGACAAGCCAAUCGCCGAGCGCAAAGUUCAUGGUGAUGCCACGGACAGAGCAGUGUUGAUGUUUGCCGAGAGCAUUAUGCCUACGGCACGACUUCGCAGUUUGUGGCGUACGGUAUACCGCAUUGACUUCAACUCGAAGAACAAGUUCAUGAUCAGCGUCUGUCAGAACGACAACGACCCUCAACAAGGCAUCCUCUUGACCACCAAAGGUGCUCCGGACGUUCUUAUUGGCAAAUGUUCGACAUACAUGGACCAGAAUGGCAAACUCCAAGAGCUCGGAAAUGAAGGUCGCUCGGUAAUCGAGGCCAUCAAGAACAAGUGGUCGUCUCAAGGCAAACGUGUUCUCCUGCUUGCCCAGAAGCCAUUGACCCAAGUCAAGCUCAAUCCGCAAGAGCAACCACAAGUCUACGAAGAAUACGUGAUGGCCCAUGCCGCUUCUGGUAUGACGCUUGUGGGCUUAGUUGCUAUCGUUGACCCUCCGAGACCAGAGAUGCCAGAGGUGGUCAGGACUCUGAAAGGCGCUGGUAUCCGCAUCUUUAUGGUUACUGGUGACUUCAAGCUCACCGCUAAAGCUAUCGCAUCCGAGUGCGGCAUCAUCAGUCAAGAGACCGACGACGUUCAUGCACUUGAUUAUGAUCAUAGUAUUCAUGAUUCACAUGGCUCGAAAGAAGGACACGCCAAUUUUAGUGAACCUGCAAGGUCAAUCGUGCUCAGCGGAUCGGAGAUCAGAAAUCUAGAAGAGGAUCAAUGGGACAGACUGUGUCAGUACCAAGAAGCUGUCUUUGCUCGCUGUAUUCCCGAGGACAAGUUGGUUAUUGUCAAGAACUUGCAACAAAGAGGGCUUGUCACCGCCAUGACAGGUGAUGGUGUCAACGACGCACCAUCCCUAAAAGCGGCAGACGUUGGCAUUGCCAUGGGCUCAGGCUCGACCAUUGCCAUCGAAGCAGCUGACUUGGUACUGCUAGACUCCUUCGCGGCAAUCGUCGAGGCUGUCAAAUACGGCCGUGUGGCUUACGACAACCUUCGCAAGACUAUCUGCUACUUGUUGCCAGCCGGUAGUUUCUCCGAAUUCUGGCCAGUGCUGACGAAUGUGGUCUUUGGUUUACCACAAAUUCUUUCGUCCUUCCUCAUGAUCAUCAUCUGCUGCUUCACAGAUUGCGCUGCCGGAGUAGCUCUUGCGUAUGAGGCUCCUGAAGCGGACGUGUUAAACCGCCCGCCUCGCUCGAAGAAAGACAGACUUGUUGACUGGAAGCUGAUCUUACAUGCGUACGGCUUCGUUGGUCUGUUCGAAACAGCGCUCUCUUUCACAGUCAGUUACUGGUUCGCACAACGUCGUGGCCUGUCUUUUGGAGAGCUGUGGUUCGGAUUUGGUGCAACUCCUGCGGGAAUGUCAGACGACACCAAGAACCUCAUUCUCAACAUCGCGUCGUCAAUCUAUUUUGUCAACUUGGUCGUAAUGCAAUGGUUCAACCUCUUGAGUGUCCGCACCCGUCGACUCUCGCUCCUCAAUCACGCGCCCUGGAAAAACCCCUACCUGCUACCGGCCAUUAUCUUCUCCAUGCUUAUCGCAAUCUUCUUCUUGUAUGUGCCCAAGUUCCACAGCGUCCUUGGCACUGCAAUCGUGCCAGUCGAAUAUUGGUUCUUGCCUUUCGCCUUCGGAAUGGGCUUGUUGCUACUUGAUGAGACAAGGAAAUUCCUUGUCAGAAGGUUUCCCAGGACAAUCCUUGCAAAAAUGGCGUGGUAG